AUGGACUGCGAAACGUCAAUAUCACCUGUGACAGAUAUUGGGUCUGGGUCUCAUGAUUGUCCGACUAGGGAUGACAAGCUUAAGGAGGUUGUUUCUCUGUUACGGGAUGAGGCAUACCAGUGGUGGCUUACGGUUAAGGAGGGCACUCAGCCCGACCGAUUGACCUGGGAUUAUUUUAAGACUACGUUCCAGGGUAAGUAUUUGAGAGUCAGCUAUAUUGAUACCAGGAGGCGUGAGUUCCUUAAUCUUACCCAGGGAGAUCGUUCAGUAGCCAAGUAUGAGACCGAGUUUUUAAGGUUGGGCCGUUAUGCGCGAGGCAUGAUAGCGACCGAGUAUGAGCACUAUGUCCAAUUUGAGGAUGGUCUCAGAGACAGUUUGCGAGUCUUGAUAGCUCCGCAGAGGGAGCGUGAUUUCUCUGUUCUAAUUGAGAAUACGAAGAUCGUCGAAGAGGUUGAGCGCUCUAAGUGCCAACACCGAGAGAAAGGAAAGAGUAAGGGGGAAUUGGAGCCCUCAAUUGCUAUGAUGAGGUAUAAGAAAAAGGCUAGAUCUGAUAGGCCAAUGAGCAUGGGGCCUCCUGCUGCAUCUUCUGGGGUAGCGCUCUGUGGACACUGUGGUAGACGCCAUCCGGAUUUGAUGAAGCUUCCAUUUGAGGAGUUCGAUUUGAUAUUGGCGAUGGAUUUGUUGGUAAAGUACCGAGCAAGUUUGGAUUGUACGAAAAAAAGGGUUAUGUUGAGAACCGAUGAGGGCAAUGAGGUAAUCGUGAUUGGGAAAUGUCGUGAUUACCUGACUAAUGUGAUUUCUGUGUUGGUGACGAAAAAGUUGGUCCGAAAAGGAUGUGAGGUUUAUCUGGAUUAUGUGAGUGUUUUGGACUUUGGGGACUCUUCUGUUAAGGAUAUCAGAACUGUAAGAGAUGUUCUGGAUAUCUUUCUUGAGGAGUUACCGAGGUUGCCUCCAAGCCGUAAAGUAAAGUUUGGGAUUGAGUUGAUUCCUGUUUUUGCUGAGGAGAUAAGAGUUUAUCCUCGUAAGAUUAAGGCCUUGUUGGGUUGGAAACAGCCAAAGAAUGUGUCUGAGAUCUGCAAUUUUCUGGGGCUAGCAAGGUAUUAUCGACGUUUCAUAAAAGGGUUAUCUUUGAUCGCAGCUCCAAUGACAAAGCUGCUGCAUAAGGGAGUUCCUUUCGUUUGGACUAAUGCACAGCAAGAGAGCUUUGAUAAGCUUAAGAUAGUUUUAACUCCGGCUCCUGUUCUGAUAUAA